AUGUCAACAAGGGAAAGUGCUUGGUUUCCUAACAAACCCUCGUGGCUUUUGUUCUUUCUCAAUGUUUACCAAGCAGGGUCCUGGGUAGAACUGCACUUCAGCAGCAAUGGGAGCGGCGGCGGUGGGCAGCCGGCCAGCCAGGAGCAAGUUCCUGCUUCGGUUUCUAUUUAUAACGGUGACAUGGAGAAGAUCCUUCUGGACGCCCAGCAUGAGUCUGGAAGAAGCAGCUCGCGAGAGAGCUCUCACUGCGACAGCCCACCACGUUCCCAGACCCCUCAGGAUGUUCACAGAACUUCCGAAGCGGAGAGUCGUGCCAGCGGAGAAAAGAACAGUUCUCAGUCUGAGGAAGAUUUUCUGGAAAGGAGGAGAGAAGUUGAACGGCUCUUGAAGAAAAAUUCAGAUUGGAUGUGGGACUGGUCGAGCAGGCCGGAGAAUAUUCCCCCCAAGGAAUUUCUCUUUAAACACCCUAAGCGCGCAGGUACACUCAGCAUGAGGAACACAAGCGUCAUGAAGAAGGGAGGCAUAUUUUCUGCAGAAUUCUUGAAGAUUUUCUUGCCAUCUCUGCUGCUCUCCCAUCUGCUCGCCAUUGGAUUAGGGAUCUACAUUGGGAAACGGCUGACAAUCACAGCUUCCAGCAGCUCCUUGUAAAACGAAAUGAAUUCAUCUCUUUUGCAAAUCACGACAAACUUCAUCCAGGCAUUAUAAAGUGGUGAACCGAACAGAAGAAACCUCCAAAUGUAUAAUCAUAAUAUGACAAUGUAUGUUUUGUUGCGUAAAGGGAUCUUGCAAAAGAAAAGGAAGAUUACCCAAUUACCCCAACUGCUCUUAUAUAUAAAUUCUGAUUUGCACAAUUUAAUAUAGCGUAGCUUAGAUCAGGAGUGAGGAACCAAAACUUCCAGGAAGCUCCAACUUUGGGCCAGUCGCAAAGGACGUUGGGGAGAUGAUGUUCAGCAUGUGCAGCGGCCCACAUUUCAUUAUCCCUGCUUGACAAUUUUUCUUCGUUGCUAUUAUUGCAAACAAAAAAAAACCGAAAAUAUUCUGUGAACUGUGAACAUCUGGGAAGGGAUCCAUGUACAAUUUGUUUUUGUCCAGUUUUGAAAAGAUUCGUAAUGAUUAGUUGUGGAAAAGACACCACUUUUUUUUUUUGUUUGAAAGAAAGCUAUGGUCAACAAAAGUAGAAUGGCCUUAAAUUUCUUAAGAAUACGUUUUUGCUAUUUGAGAUGAAAUGAAUUACUGAGAUGCUUUGAAAUAUAAAAAUGAAUCAGUAGAGUGUUUUGAUAUAUGUAUGUCUUAAUAUGGAACCUUUUCUUUCUCUUUCCAGCAAAAGUUUGUAUGCAGCUGUUGAGACAACGGUUUUAGUAAUACAUAAUCUGAUUUUUCUCAAAGUCAGAAAACUUGUAAGAAAGGAAUUUCUUCCAAGAAGCUCCUUGUGGGAAAAUAGCAUUAAGCCAUUCCAUUUUCCCCUCUGACUGGUGAAUAGAAAUCUCUCAUCUCUGACUUGCAAGGCAUUGCUUCAUGUCCUAGGACAUCCCCAGUGAGUCAUAGUGGGUCUGCCUUUUUAAUCACAAACGCUGCAGCUGUUGGCCAUUGGUCUGGUCUGUGUGAAUAUAUAGGAAGGUACUCAGGGUGAACGGCGGCAGUUACCAAAGAAAUAGCUGUUUGUCAGGUGCUGUCUUACCUUUUCCAUGUUUCUUUCUUUCUUUCUUUCUUUCUUUCUUUCUUUCUUUCUUUCUUUCUUUCUCUUUCUUUCUUUCUUUCUCUCUCCCUCUCUCUCUUACUUUCUGCUGUAGAUGUGCAAGGAGCUGGGAAUAGAAAGAGAGAGAGCAUGGCUUUUCCCCUCUCCUGCACAUUGCUGUGUUAUUCUAGAUGUGCAGCAGGCCAGAUCCCUGUUAUAAGGAAUGGAAGCACAAUGAGCAUAAUGGCCAGGCAUAGAGCUCUGAUGUUACCCACACAUUCUUUCCACGUCUUCAACAUUGAAUCGUAAUAUCUGGCAGAAAAGUUAAGGAAGGUUCAUUUCUAGUCUGAAAAGGGUCUUCUGUGAUUUUCAUGUUCUGUUCAUCAGGAGGGCUUGCAAAGUAGGAGGGGUGGUGUGGGCCAGCCAGGCUUCCCCAUUCCUUGCGGGCUACAAAAAAAGGGGAGUUAAAUGAGCAGGGCUGUUGUGCUAGAGGUUCUGGACAGAGUUUCAAUAAUCCCUAAAAGAAAAUGAUAUUUUAAGGAAGGGAGAAUAUUCUUGCGCUGAAAGCUUUGAGCAAAGGCCACAAUAGUUUUAAGGGCUCUGGUUACACAUUUUAGUUGCCUGGCUUCUGACCUAGUAAGACUUGAGAUUUACUCGUACAUAAAUGAAAACAAUGCAUUGUGGCCUCUGUUGCUUUUAUUUAAAGGUCUUAUUGUUCAUCGGUCACAAUAAAGGAUGAGAAUUCGCUCAGCAAUUAACACGAUGCAACUUGUUCAAAUAAAGUGUCAUUAAAAAUAAUAGCUGCCUUAGCUUUCUGUGUGAAGGCAGCCUCUGGGCUGCAGCCCGCACAGCAUUGGAAAAAGGCUGGCUUGAUUUAAUGCUCUCAUAGCUAGUCUCUCAAGAGGGCUUAAUUUAAACCUUCAUGUUGGAAAGUGUUUGAGGGGGUAGAAUAUCAGUUAAAAAGUCAAAAUGGUGGCUGCCUUGUUACCCAUCUGUGCUACAACAUUAAGGAAGUGGGAUUUCAGUCAUGCAAUGGCAGCAGCUGUAUUUUUUUUUAAUUUUUGACCCCCUGAAUACUCUGCCAUUCUAGAAUCCAAAGUUUGUUUUGCUCUUUUUUGGAGGGGAGGGAGGGGCACAGGAUGCCUAGAAGGGGCGUGAUUAGGAUCUACCUUUAUUCUUUCUGUAGUAUCGGUAUAUAUAUUUUUCUUGCACCAAUUUUGAUCUUAUUUGGUACAUGAUUUAUUUUAUGCUCGAGUUAGAACUGGAAUGUGUAACUGAUACUGUGCCCCGUAGAUCAUCCUAUUGCGAUGCUUCUCAACUUUGGCAACUUUAAAUGUGUGUCCUUCAGUUUCCAGAAUGCGUGACUGGCUGGGGAAUUCUGGGAAACGAAGCCCACACAUCUUUCACAAGCUUGCAUCAUUUGUAGUAAAUGCUAUUUGAUCAACUGAAUAAUUUGGCUUUAUUUUAUUUUGCCGUUAAUAUAGUUGCUACAUAUUUAUAACGGUGGAAGCACCAGAAGUUUUGAAAGUUUUGUCUUGAACAGAUUCUUUAUUCACUUCGAUUGGGGAAAAAAGGCUCAAAUAGGCUCAAAUAGUUUAGCUGUGUAGAUGGGUUGACUUAACAGGUUCAGAGACCGGUUGAUAUUUUUUUUUUAAGACCAUAGUUUAGUAGACCAUUAUCUUGAUGAUUGCAAAUUAAAUAAAUACACCAUCUGAUGAAACUUGCUUCCUUUUAAUUUUCAUUUACUGGAAGCCUUCAUAGACUUAUGAAAUGGGGGUUUGCCUUGAUCUAGUAAACUAGUCAAUAUUAUUCGAAAAUUGUAUGUUCUUCAAUUAGCUACUGUGUGAUCACAUUUGUACUGCUGAUUUAACUUUUUAAAAAAAUGAAUCAAAAAGCGUGUACAAUAGUUCUACGACAAUGUCACUACUGGCCAUCAUGUCAGAUAAAUGGUGAGCGUAUAAAGUGGUUAUUUUCCAGCUUUUUAUCAAAUCAGUAAGCUGUGAAAUAGUGCAUCAAACGUCCAUGUUUUUGUUGCUACUGUGCUAAAAUAAUAAAAGCAGUGUGUAAAUUUAUAUGUUGCUUUUGAAUUCUCUAGUGCACUAAUGUAUGAUGAAACUAAAUAAAUGUUAUUCUGGG